AUGGCUAGGGUUUCGAAGGCAUGGUGCAUUUUGGUUACCACACUGCAUUUGUUGCACAUCGCAUCUUCAAAUUUCAUCGUCAAAUCCCUACCAGGUUUUGGGCAUCUUCCAUUCACGUUGGAAACCGGGUACGUAGGAGUGGGUGAAAGAGAAGAGGUGCAGCUAUUUUAUUACUUCGUUGAGUCUGAAAGGAGUCCCAUGAAUGAUCCACUCCUACUUUGGCUUAUUGGGGGACCUGGUUGUUCUGGCCUUUCAGGUUUCUUAUAUGAAAACGGGCCGUUGAUGUUCAAUUAUGACAAUUUUAAUGGGACUUUUCCGGUACUUCAACAGAAUCCAAACACUUGGACAAAGGUACUCAACAUAUUAUAUGUCGAUGCACCAGUUGGUACAGGAUUUUCUUACUCAAAAACCCAACAAGGUUAUUAUAGCAAUGAUAAGCAAACGGUGGAACAUAUCUAUGAUUUUCUACAAAAGUGGCUUGUGGAUCACCCCAAAUUUCAAUCAAAUCCAGCUUAUAUAGGUGGUGGUUCGUAUUCAGGCUUAUUUGUUGCUCCCCUUGUACAAAAAGUAUAUAAAGGUUAUAAAGCAGGAUAUUUCCCACUCCUAAACUUUAAAGGUUUUGUGCUUGCAAGUCCAUUACUUGACACUUACUUGGAUUUCAAUGCAAGAGUUCAAUUUGCUCAACAACGAACACUAAUAUCGAAUGAGCUAUAUGAGUCAAUUAAAGCUAAUUGUAACGGGGAUUACAUCCAUCUUAAUCCAAACAAUACAAAUUGCAUGUCGGAUUAUGAAGUUUACGCAGAGGUUUAA